ACGUAGAAUCCCAUUUUUUUUUCUCUCUCAUUUAUAUUCUCCCCUUUCUAUUUCUUCUUCUUCUUCUUCAUUAUCUUGUUGUUGUGAUCUCUGUGAAUUAUUGUGAUAAUCAAGAGAGAGGAAAUGGAUUGCUCUAUUUGCACAUCGUUGCCUUAUAUUUUGAGGCCACCAAGAAACACAAUAUGCGCAGCCUGCUACGAAGGAGCGAGAAGCAUAAUCUCAUUGACAAGCAAACAUGAAAAUGAGAAACCCAACAACAGUAAUCUACUUUCUUCUUCAAAUUCUAAUAAGGGGUUCACAAAUGCUCUUAAAUGGGUGAAGGAGAUGAAGGAAAUGGAGGAGGAAUUAAAUGAAAAGAUAUCUUAUUUAGAAGGCUUCGCCGCCGCAUUGAAGGAUCAAAUCCACACUGAUAUUCAAAUCAUUCCCGGAAACAAUGAGCCAUCUAUACCCGCUCAUAGAGCAUUAUUGGCAACGAGAUCAGCAAUAUUUCGUAACGUGCUAGAUUCAGACGAAUGCAAAGCUCCGGCAAAUCAGACCAUAACACUUGCGGAGCUGAAUCACGAAGAGCUAGAAUCCCUACUUGAGUUUUUGUACAGUGGAAGCCUCCCGAAAGAGAAGGUGGAAAAACACGUUUAUUCACUUGCAAUAGCUGCAGACAAAUACGAGAUCCCUUUCCUGCAGAAAUUUUGCGAGCAUCAAAUGCUUGGAUCGCUGAAUUCAUCCAACGCUCUUGAUAUCCUGGAAGUAUCCGACACUUGCUCCAACCUAAACCUUAAAGAAACGGCUCUCAAUUUCAUUGUAAGAAAUAUGGAAGAUAUAGUUUUCUCUGCACGUUUUGAUGCCUUCGCGCUCAAGAACCCUCAUCUAACUGUACACAUCACCAGGGCAUCCUUCAUGGAAAUUCGAAAUAGAAAGCCUGGUCUUUGAUCCAUUUCUCUAA